AUAAAUAUUGUGAGAGAAAGUAAGUGAUGGAAAUGUGAUUUUUAUUGGAAAAAGUAUUCUGACGUUAAUACAUCUUUCACUGGACCAAGCAUAAGAUCGUAAUGUGUUUUAUAUCGAUUGUCAGCGCGACUAGAAAGCAAGCGCAAUAAUUUAGUAAAAUAAAACGUACCGCAUAAAAUUUAUCAUGGAGAACACCUGGAGCGACGGUAUCGUUGGAGAACGGAAGGAUCUCACUCCCAUAAUGGAAGAAGAGGACAAAGGACAAGCGAAAGAUUCUCAGUCGGACUCGUCCGACGCGGCGUCGACUAUAAAGCGUUGGAACAGUCGAUGGACGCCCUCAGAGGGCUACGAUUCGUCGGGCACGUCGACUAACUCUGACGAAGGUGACGAGUACGUCGAGGAUUAUUCACAGGAUAGCAGAGCAGAUCUAUCUGAACCGACAAUCGCUUGCCAGACAGCUUACCGAUCGCAGGAGUGUUUAUGUCAGGCUUGCUUACUCGGGUAUGCUAAGAUGAUAGCGCUUCAAGGGAGUAUGCCUAAUAUCUGUGCAGUAUCCAACGGUAUGGCUAAUAUCUGCCCGGCGUCGACUGCGCAUCUGGGAAGUUUCCCAUCUCUUUAUACGAUGCCGUGUUCAAGCAUUUCUAGCGAUCUCGCGCAUCACGCUGUUAAGGAACAUGCGAGAAGUGUCGCUCAUUAUCCACAUGUUUGUCACCUACAACAAGAUCCGAUAUUCGCGAAAGAGCGAGAAAUACAUGCAGGUAACAGGACGAACAGUACGACAUCUCUGCCAGCAAACUCGACGGGAAGAUGUGUCGGUUCUUUGGACAGAAGACGACGUAGAUUCCGCAGUAGAGUAGACCGCGAUCAAAGAGCUAUGUCUCAUAGCGAUCUACUUUGCCAUGAGAGAGAGAGACCGCACCACUACUGCUCAUUGCAACAAUUUCAUUGCGGAAGCAAUAUGUGCCUAAAUAAUUAUCAUAGCAAGACCGAGGAACGAUUGAGAAAGUUGGAAAGUGAACGUGGAGCAUUACAUAUGGAAGUAUCAGUUUUGUCUGAACAGGUUGACGCACAAUCGAAUAAGAUUCAAGAACUGGAGAGCUUACUUCAGGAAAAGAAAGAUACUUUGAGACAGAUGGAAGAAGCAUUACAGAAGGAAGUUUUAUCAAGAAGCGCUUUGGAGACACAGAAAUUGGAACUUCUUACCUCCUUGUCCGAAAUGAAACUCAGACAGGCCAGUUUGGAGCACGAAAAUCUAUCGCUGCGUAGUACAAGUCCUUUAUCGAAUGGUGAAAGAUUCAGCAGACAUACGGGUCAAUAUAGUAGUCUUCCCAGGCCACCGACAUCCAAGAAAGGCGUUGUAUUUGGUAAGGUUCCAAAUUUAGUCUCGGGAGCGCAUACGACGGUACCCUUGGCUGUUAGGGGAGUCUCUGCGAGAUGUCUGUCCGCUCCUAUUCUAGCGGAAGAAACGAAAAUCGUAAUUAGUGAGGUGAGCGUGCAAGAAUUAUUACCACCGAAACCGCUCGCAGAACUCAGUAUAGAAGAAGUCAGUGAUUGGUUGGCUCACCUUGGUCUGGAAUGUUACGCUGGUGAGUUGAGACGAUGGGGUGCCACUGGAUCGAAACUGCUCGACGCCACACAAGUUCAACUAGAGAAAGAGCUCGACAUAAAGAACACUCUGCACAGGAAAAAAUUACUUUAUGCCAUCGAAUCGGAGCGAAGCAACGGCGCUGGAUUUCUCGGUUCUCACAAGAUGGAUAAUGCAGCCGUGUUACGGUGGCUAGACGAUAUCGGAUUGCCACAGCACAAGGAAGCUUUCCACAAUGCCAAGAUCGAUGGUAGAGUUUUACAUAGAUUGACCACAGAGGAUCUCUUAAACCUUGGAGUGACUGCACAGUUGCACGCCGCCAGUUUAAGACGUGGAAUUCAGGUUUUACGAGAUUUAAGUUUCGAGUUUGAUAAUUUGGAGAGAAGAUCUAUGACUGGGAACGGUGCCGAUGGUACGAAUGUGAGUCUCUGGACGAAUCAUCGUGUGAUGGAAUGGCUACGAGUCGUGGAUCUUGCGGAAUACGCACCGAACAUGCGCGGCUCCGGUGUUCAUGGCGGUUUGAUUAUUCACGAAGGUCGAUUUACUUCCGAGCUGCUCGCUACAUUGCUCAGCAUUCCACCGGCAAAGACUCUACUUCGUAGACACCUAACAACGCAUUUCAAUCAGAUUCUCGGCAGAGAGGUAGUUCAACAAAAGCGAGAGAUAGAGAGCACUCUCGGAUUUAUUCCAUUGACUCUUACUGCUAGAUUAAAGGUACCAAAGAAAUCUCAAUUCACACUGAAACGCAAGAAGAGUAAAAACGAGAUGGAUUUCGGCAAUUUGGUUUGUCCAUUGGAAGCGUCACCACCAGGUACCCCAUCAACGCCCUCGUCAACACCGGGCAGUCCUAACUUGAACUCACCCACAUUCUAACCACAAUUUAAAGCUUCAUUCGGACUUGGAGGAUACUGGGCAAAGGAGAGGUUGCAUAUGAAGUAGAUGAAAGAGAGAGAGAGAAAGAGAGAGAGAGAACAUAUUUUAAUAUUAAAACAAUGGAUAUAUACAUAUCCAACUCCUAAGACAACGCGCGAAGAUACACCAGAAUCACCCGGGACCAGAUUAUCCGUAUCGUAAAGUACAUAAUCACAUCAAAAUGUGCAUUUACGAG